UUUUGUAACUGGUUUUACGUUUUAACCAUUUUAACAAAUAUGGCUGCCUAUACACAAUUUGGAUAUGGCUCUUAUCCGUCGGCAAAUCAGUUACUUGGCGGUAAUGUAAGUCAAACAUCAGCCGCAUUAUUGACAUCGUCAGCACACAAUGCUCCAUCGCCGUUAUCUGGUCGUAAUGAAAAUUCUCUCAGUCCAUCUGGCAACUCAACGUCGUCAUCUUCAUCAUCCGUUUCAUCAAGCGGUGGCGGCACAACAAAUGUUGGUCCCCUAAGUCCAGGUGCAAUGUCACAGACAUCAACAAACAAUGCGGGUAAUGUAGCAACAAAUACAACAACGCUUGGCCAUUCUUCACUAGUUAAUGGCCCGGAAGGUACAACAGCCAAUACAGCAUCAUCAAUGUUGGCUGCAGCCGCUGUUGCAGCAGCAGCUGCUGGCGGCUCUACAUCAAAUCAUUCACCAGGCAGCGUUAGUGCUAGUGGUGGUGUUGGUUCAGGAGGUGGUUGUUGUGAAAACGGUCGUCCCAUUAUGACAGAUCCUGUGUCUGGUCAAACAGUGUGCUCUUGCCAAUACGAUUCAGCACGUUUAGCUUUAUCCAAUUACUCACGUAUGCCCACUGGUAGUGUAGGUGUUUAUGGUACAGCAUAUCCAUCAACCGAACAAAAUCCCUAUUCUAGUAUUGGUGUAGAUAGUUCUGCCUUCUAUACUCCAUUGAGCAAUCCUUAUAGUCUUAAAGAAUCUACCACCGGCACCGAUAUGUCCGCUUGGUCAACAGCCGGUUUACAGCCAACAACUGGUUAUUAUUCAUAUGAUCCAACAUUUGCUUAUGGUUAUGGUGCUUCUUAUGAUUUGGCAUCCAGACGUAAAAAUGCCACCCGAGAAUCAACGGCCACCUUAAAAGCCUGGCUUAAUGAACAUAAAAAGAAUCCUUAUCCUACGAAAGGUGAAAAAAUCAUGUUGGCCAUUAUCACUAAAAUGACUUUGACUCAAGUCUCAACAUGGUUUGCCAAUGCACGCAGACGUUUGAAGAAGGAAAACAAAAUGACCUGGGAACCAAAGAAUCGUACUGAAGAUGAUGACGAUGAUGCCAUGCUGUCGGAUGAUGAAAAGGAAUUGGAGAAAAAUGAUAAAAUCUUAACGAAUGGAUCAGUAGGAGGCAAUAUGUAUGGCCAGCAAAUGCAUAAAGAACAUGAACAACUUAAAACUAAUCACCACCACAAUGUUAAACAACAUGAUUUAAAGGAUGAUGAAGAAGAUCGUAAACCAGAAAAUUUAACAGCCAGUAGACAAUUGGAAAAUUACAAUACCGCCUCAUUAUAUGGUACAACAGCAACGGGACAUCAUCAUUCGAAUAGCUAUCAUCCUUAUCAAAGUCAACAGCAAACACAGCAACAACCGCAUCACAACCAAAGUCUUUACUAUCAACAGCAACAGCAGCAGCAACAAGGUUAUUUAACUAAUCCUGCCUCAACUAUUAGAGAUGAGUGUGGCAUACCUAUACCAGCCACAAAACCAAAAAUUUGGAGUGUGGCCGAUACAGUGGCUAAUAAAACACCACCACCAUCCAUUAGCAGCAGUGGCCAGUCAGCCUAUAUGAGCAAUAGCCAGCAACAACAAUUGGCUGCCCAAUCGUAUUAUGCCAAUAACUUACAAAUAAAUAAUCAUUUGGCCAACAAUUCACCCCUGUCCAUGAUGAGUAGUUAUGUUAAUGCAGCAGCUGCUUCACCCUACUCACGCCUCAAUACAGCCUAUCCUGCGGCUAGUAAUUAUAGCGCCACAGCGGGACAAAUGUCAAACAAUAAUAACAGUUCAAAUACCUCAGCAAAUAUGAUGCAACAUAUGACCCAACAAUAUGCUGCACAAAAUUUACACACCCAACAACAACAGCAGCAGCAACAACAACAACAGCAGCAAUUGCAGCAACAGGGUCGCUUGGGGUUUCCUGAGAUACAACCUGAUACACCACCCCAAACACCGCCCAAUAUGAAACAUGCCAACAGUGCCAGCAUGCAUAGUUUAAUGAACAGUACUUCCUCCUCUUCCAAUUCUUUGGCAUAUGCGGGAAAUUCAAAUGUUUUAAAUACUUCCUAUGGCAGUGAUGUUUCAUCGCAUACCUCUCGCUCAGGUUUAGAAAUGCAAUAAUUGAUGAAAAACCUUUUAUGGGGUUUACACUCUAUCACUUCAAAUAACAACAGCAACAACAACAAUUAUUCCUAAAGGGUUAAGUGCAACUAACUUUACUAUAUAAUUAUAUAAUAUUUUAUUAAUUUAGCUUUAAUUGUAAGUAGAUUUUCUAUGGCGACAAAAGCCAGAACUGUAAAAUAAUGAAUUGUUUUUUUUUGUUUUUUUAAUUGUGUAAAACAAGAGUUGUGAUUAAUGAAGAAAUAAAAUGAUGUUGGGUUUAAAAUUAGAAUGGCUUGCUAAAGCAAAAGUAACAGCUUUGGGACAUACAACUGCCGGGGAAAUUCAACUCAGCUGAACCAUUAGACUGUACCGAUAGAUAGGGCUCACCUACUGGGUUUAGAUCUUAACUGAUUAAAGGAUAAUCAUGGAAAAGAAGUAGAAGAGUGGGGAAUAAUUGUUUAACACUGCUUUAACAUUAACUUUUUCGUUUUAAAACUACAAAGGCAAGAAGUACACAAAGAGAAGUCGAAUUCUCUUCGGAUCCGUCAGAUCUUCUAAAUUGUUUAACAAAGAUAUUGUUAAAGAUAACUUUGUAGUUUUAAGACCAAAAGACAAGGAGUUUACAAAGAGAAAUCGAAUACUCUUCGGAUCUCUCAGAUCUUCUAGUAAUUGUGAUGUGACAUCUUUACUCUUUAAAAUUUUUUAUAAAUUCUUAUCAUUUUUCAUAUAAAAAAGGCCCGAAGUGUAUAUAAUCUACCUAAAAAGCUUUCUUAUGAAUUAAUACUUACUUAUAUGGUGCUUUUGUAAAAGCUAUUCUCCUAAAGAAAGCUUUGAAAAACGAGCUUUACAAUUUAUUAUUGCAGUUAACUCUGGGUCCUUUCAAAGUUGACCUAUUUUGUAAAAAAUCAAAUUUAGAUUUAAAAUGCUUAAAGCUCAAACCUUUAUAUGAUUUUCUCAAAGCUCCAAUGCUAAUAUGGACUUAAAAGGCAAAAUUCAUAAAAAAAUCUCAAAAUCCGUAAUAUUCUACUUCAACAUUUUUCACCAAAUUGCACUAAAAUGUUUAGAAUAAUUCCCUUUAAACUAUUAAAAGACCAUAAACUAAAGUAAUUUUUUAAGUUUUUUUAUUACUUUGUUAAUGCCCCUGUUUAAGAUGGAUUAGUUUGAGCAUUGUGUAGCAAAAAACAAACCUUCUCAUAUAAAUACCUGCUAUAUGUUGUGGCAAAAACCAUUUUUCAUUGCAAAUAAACUUUGAGUUUAUGACUAUUAAUAAUAUUUUUAAUGCUUAAUAAAAAAGAAAUACGUUUAAAUGCGAUAUUUUGAGGAAGUAGACCAAAUUUAAGUGCAGAUAAUAAUAUGACUCUUGUGCCAACACAUGUUUGAACAUGUGUUUUGUUAUUUCUUUGUUCAUUUAUUUCAUUCGCUUGUCUUUUUGCUUAUUUUCCUAAGCGCUACAUUUUUAAUUAAUUGCUCUACUCAUACUUAACAAAUAAAAAAUGUUUAAGCGACGCGUAUUUAAUACAGAAAAAAACACUACAGCUGAUUAUUUAAACUACAGUUGUAAAAAAAGUUUAAUGACUUUAUUUUAACACUUAUUCACAGAUCUUUAGUCAUUUGCAACGAUCAGUGAGAUAAGUUUUAAAAUUAAGUAUUCACCACGAAUUGUCUAUACCCUGCAGGUGAUGGUUUUAACAAAACUGUUUAUGUACAGAUCAGCUUUAAAGAGCUUUUUAAACUUUCAUACUUAAACAACUCUCUAUUCUAAAAUGUUUACUCUAAAGCUAUGGAGAAAAUCUAUCAAACGAUUGAUUCUGAAAUAACGGUAAAAAAUGUGAUACAUGGUUGUCAGAUCUUACAACGUUGUCAGUAAAAUGUUCAGAAAAUGUCUAAUAAUCGUGUAAACUUAUAAAUUGUCAGAAAGAGCAUUACCUAAAAUAUUGAAAAAUAUAUAAGUUGACAGUAUUAUUAGACAUUUUUUGCACAUUUUACUGCCACCGUUGUAAGAUCUAAUACACGGUUGUUAGAUCUUACAAUGUUGUCAGUAAAAUGUGCAGAAAAUGUCUAAUAACACUGCCAACUUACAAAUUUUGUUUUCCAAUACAGUCAGUAAUGCAUUUUCUAACAAAGUUGCAAAAGAAAAAAUAUAAGUUCAGACAAUUGUUAGAUAUUUUCUGAACAUUUUACUGACAACCUUGUAAGAUCUGACAACCGUGUAUCACGUCUUUAACAAGCGUGUAUACAUAGCAUAACUAUUCAUAAGCAUUAUCCUUAAAACAAUAACUACAUCAUACAGCAUGAUCUUGGAAAUAUCAAGCUUCCUACAUUAUUUAUUAUAAUUCAAAGGGUGUUUUAGGGUGUUUUUCUAUACCAAAAUCUCCAAAACUUAUGUAUUUCUCAAAAAUUUCUAACUACAAUUUUAUACAUUCAAAUUUGUCUAAUUUGGCCAAAAAACAAACUCACACAUAAAUACAACUCUUAACUAACACUUUUAUCUUUUUAUUUUUAUAAUUUAUUUAACAUAUAAUUGUCGUAAAAAAUUCUAUUUAAAAUAUUCUCUUAAAGAAAACUUUUCAACCUAAAAAAAAACUACAACUAAAAAUGUAUAAAUUUUCUUCUUUUUUAAAUUUUUCAUUUUACAACUUUAUUCGUAUUUCUCUAGCUAUUAACGGUUUGUUUUAGUAUUAAGAAGUAAGUUCACCUAAGUAAUUAAUAAUAAUGCACUUUGCAAAAAAAAAUACAACAAAAAAACUAUAUAUAAAUUAAAUAAAAUUAUAUAAAUGAAAUUAAUUACAACAACUGCAAUAAUAAUAAGUCAUUUAAAAAACACUUAAU